AUGGGGGGAGUGGCGGGCCAGCUCACGGCCCCUGUCUUGAGUGGAUUUAAUAGAGUUCCUUCUGGCUGGUUCCUGCAGAGCCUCGAUGAGGCCAGUGCUCUCAUGCCAAGUGCAAUUCAGAAAAAGCAGGUCUGUGAGGGCCGGAGUGAUGCUCCUGAAGCCAGGGACUCGGUGGCCCGGGACGCGGAGGCCGGGGACGCGAAGGACGAGCCUCUGCCAGAACUGCCAGUAAAAGACGGAAAAGAAAAACCCGAACAAGAGAUCGGAACAACAGAGGCCGAGGGACUGCCGGGCGGCGUCAAACCUCGACAGCAGCCCAGCGCCUUGUUUGCCAGAGGAAGCCGGAAGGCGGGGAGAAGUCCUCAGAGGUCCUCAAGCAAAAUACGAGAAAAGAAGCAUCCGUUUGCUCUGUAUGGGUGGGGGGAGAGACAGACGGACACAGGAAGCCAGAAAACUCACAACGUCUGCGCUUCUGCUCCCGUGCACGAGAUUCACGAAUCGGCCUUACGAGCCAAGAACAGGAGGCAGGUGGAAAAGAGGAGACUGGUUGCUCAGCGGCAGCGGGCGCACUCGGCGGAGGCGGAGAAGGGCAGGAGGCUCAGGCCGGGCCCCGCGGAGAGCCCCUGGGUCACGGAGUACAUGCGCUGCUACUCGGCCCGCGCGUGAGGCACCGGCCGCGCAGCGGGCUCCGUGGAGAAGUGCGGGUGAAAAUCAAAGGGGACCGUCCGGCAGGACAGCACCCAGAGGGGCCGGACGCAGGUUUAGGAAACCAUCUGACUGCGCGUUCUUCUAAGGGAAGGCCCGAAAGAUGGUUCUCCCUCGAUGAUCCCGGGCACCUGCCGCAGCGGCAGGGUCACGGGGAAGCCAUAGGCGUUUGCUUGUUUUAUAAAGAGGACUCCCUCAGCCUUUGAUAUUCUUGUCAGGGCUUUUGUCUGAGAGCAUCUUAGUCUUUUAAGACACCGACACCAAAUGCCUUUAAACGGCUGCAGAUGCUUAACGUUCAGUAUUUUCCUUCCAUACGUGUAGGCCGAGCCUACUUCUGUCCCGAAGAACUUUCCAGAUUCCACAGCCAGGAAGGUCACUCCAGCCUCAGCAUAAGACUCCUUUCCGCUGUGCGUCGUUUCGUGAGAGAGUCUCGAGUGGCCCGUGGGUUUCAGCGCCGACCGAGGUGCCGUGUAGUGAAGCUAGAGCUCCGGUAGCUUCUGAACAGUUGAGCUUAACUGCAUCUCAGCCCAGCCCUUCGUGCAGACUGUGGUAUUUAAGAGUUACCCGGGCUGGGUGAGGGUCAUCCUUUCUCUUUAAAAAUCAUCAUCUAGGCACUUAUUUAAUAGUUUAAACCGUUCAAGUGCAUUCCAAUAAAAAGCGCCCGUGCAGUGUUCCGAGGAGGAGGGACAUUUCCUUUGAGUGAAAGACGGUCGUGUCACUUUGCUUUUCACGGUGAGAUUUUUCUUAGAGCACAUGAGGAGGACUCGGUCACGGGCUGCUGUUUGUCUCCUGUCGCGGUCGGCAGUGACAAUCAGAACUUGCUGAAAUGCCAUUGAAUGGAACUGGGACUGUCUUGCCUGCUCACGGGGGUGGGGGACAGUCCGAGGCCCGUUAGAGUCUCCCACCCUCCCCUCCCUUCUCUGCUGAUGCCCCGCAGACUCCCCAGUAACAAAGCCUUGGUGACGGACAUUCGCAGACUUCUCGCUUGGAUGCAGCCCCGGCCCGUGGGCCUGAUGUGGGGCCUGGUGCGAGAGACGGUUGUGUGCGGGUGCCAAGUAAGGAUGCGCACGGAUGAAGAACUCCUCUGGGUCCACUUGCUUUUGGGGCAGAAAAAGUGGUUUCAGGAAACACCGGUUUCCACCCAGAGGAGCGGGGAACCCACAGGAGGGAGGAGCGCUGGAUUCUGCGCGAGGGAACUUGGCCCUGAGGGGCGGGAAUGAAGAGCUGGCCGUGGGCGGGGGCGGGAGCGUUUCCUUGAUGGUUGUACUCUGGGUCUUUGAAGUAGUCACUUUUUUUUUUUUUUAAAUAUGUCUUUAUUGAUUUCAGAGAGAGGAAGGGAGAGGGAGAGAGA